AUGAUAAAAUUACUGAUUGUCUUUGUGAUUGUUGCUAGUAUUUGUGGAAUUGAAGGCCGUCGUCAUCGUCAUCGAGAUGAGAAACUCAUCAAUGGAGGAAGUCUAGAUCUUUAUAGAACCGCUCCUGAAAUUUGUAAGCUUGAUUAUGAGACAAAUCGAAAACUCGAAGCCAUGUACAAUUUCUAUAAAAAUAUGUAUUAUGGAAUUGCUUGCGAUGAUAAAAUCCCAGAAGGCGAAUUGAUUCAGAAGUUUUUGAAUAGAGAACAUCUUGAAAAUCAAAAGGCUGAACUCGAGUUAGCCUUCAUACUUGAAAUGUGUUUAUUUGGAUCUGGCAAUUUCGCAGUUCGUAUGGAUGAUCUUAUAGAUGUAGCAUUAUUGACUAGAGAAGAAGAUCUUGACAAACUCCCAUUGAAAGUUCAACAAAUUCGAAGAUCAACGCAUCCAGGAAAAGUUGAGAAAAUUAUUGAACUACUUUCGACUGAUAUAGUGGCUUUGAGGGAUAUGUGGAUGGUUUAUUCGUGA